CAGAAACCCCGUGCGCGCAGAGAGGCAGAGCUCGCGACGUUACGUCGCCGCCAUUUUGUUUCCCCGGGACUGAAGAACCGAGCCGAGCGGCACCGGCGGGAGAUUCUGCUGCACCCGAACCUUCAGCGCGGCGGAGCGGCACCGUGCACAGCCCACAGCCCCGGUCUACACUCGCAUGAUGUCUGACUCCCCCUCUCAGAUGUCUGCAGACAUGUCCACGGAUCACGUUAACGGGAACGGGACGGAGGAGCCGAUGGACACGACGGCGGCGGUGACUCAGUCCGAACAUUUCCCGGCUCUGCUGGAAGCUGGUUUACCUCAGAAAGUCGCAGAGAAGCUGGACGAGCUUUACGUAGCAGGACUCGUAGCACACAGCGACCUCGAUGAACGGGCGAUUGAAGCGCUGAAAGAGUUCAACGAGGAGGGAGCGCUGCAGGUGCUGGUCCAGUUCAAAGAGAGCGACCUGUCACAUGUGCAAAACAAAAGUGCCUUUCUGUGCGGCGUGAUGAAGACGUACAGGCAGAGAGAGAAACAAGGCACCAAAGUGUCCGACUCCACUAAAGGACCCGACGAGGCCAAAAUCAAAGAGCUCCUGGACAGAACCGACUACACGCUCGACGUCACGACGGGCCAGAGGAAGUACGGCGGGCCGCCGCCGGAGUCCGUAUACUCAGGAGCUCAGCCCAACGUCGGGACGGAGAUCUUUGUCGGGAAGAUCCCCCGCGACCUGUUUGAAGAUGAGCUGGUUCCUCUCUUUGAGAAGGCCGGGCCGAUCUGGGACCUCCGGCUAAUGAUGGACCCGCUGAGCGGCCUGAACCGGGGCUACGCCUUCGUCACGUUCUGCACUAAAGAAGCUGCCCAGGAAGCUGUGAAGCUGUGUAACAAUCACGAGAUCCGCCCCGGCAAACACAUCGGGGUGUGCAUAUCUGUCGCCAACAACCGGCUCUUUGUUGGCUCCAUUCCCAAGAGUAAAACAAAGGAGCAGAUUGUUGAAGAGUUCGCUAAAGUCACAGAGGGCCUCAGUGAUGUCAUACUGUACCACCAGCCCGACGACAAGAAGAAGAACCGAGGCUUCUGCUUCCUCGAGUACGAAGACCACAAGACAGCCGCUCAGGCUCGCCGCCGGCUGAUGAGCGGCAAGGUGAAGGUGUGGGGCAACGUGGUGACGGUGGAGUGGGCCGACCCCAUCGAGGAUCCCGACCCGGAGGUCAUGGCCAAGGUGAAGGUUUUAUUCGUGAGAAAUCUUGCCAACGGAGUCACGGAGGAGAUCCUGGAGAAGUCCUUCAGUCAGUUUGGAAACCUGGAGCGAGUGAAGAAGCUCAAAGACUACGCCUUCAUUCACUUUGAGGAGAGGGACGGGGCAGUGAAGGCGUUGGAGGAGAUGAACGGGAGCGAGCUGGAGGGCGAGCCCAUCGAGAUUGUUUUUGCCAAACCGCCAGAUCAGAAGAGGAAAGAGCGCAAAGCUCAGAGACAAGCAGCCAAAACACAAAUGUACGACGACUAUUACUACUACCCUCCUCCUCCCCACAUGCCUCCUCCUGGCAGAGGCCGGGGCAGAGGCGGCAACCGGGGCGGCUACUCGUACCCCCCUGACUACUACGGUUACGAUGACUACUAUGACUACUACAGCUAUGACUAUCACAACUACCGCGGCGGCUACGACGACCCGUACUACGGCUACGACGACUUCCAGGCGCCCAGCCGAGGGCGGGGCGGCAGCAGGGGUCCCCGGGGCGGAGGCUCUCCGGCCAGAGGACGCGGUGGCAGCGGCGGUGCCGGGGCGCCCAGAGGCAGGUCCAACUUCUCCCAACGCGGUGGCGGACCGGGACCGGGCCGCGGCGGCGGAGGACGGGGAGCAAGAGGAGGAGGAGGCCUGCAGCCGAGAGGGCGAGGAGGGGUACGUGGUGCUCGGGGUGGCCGCGGUGGAAAUGUAGGAGGAAAGCGCAAAGCUGACGGGUACAACCAGCCAGAUUCCAAGCGGCGCCAGACCAAUAAUCAGAACUGGGGCUCUCAACCCAUUGCUCAGCAACCGCUCCAGGGCGGUGACCAUUCUGGUAACUAUUCCGGUUACAAAUCCGACAACCAGGAAUUUUAUCAGGAUUCUUUUGGGCAGCAGUGGAAGUAAUCGAGUAGUUGAUAAAACAAAACAAACGUGUUUUUAUUCUUUUUUUUGUUUUUAUCUUUUUAUUUAGAGACUUGAUCUGAUUGGCUCUCAGUCCCAUCACGGUUGCCUUUUUUUGUUUUUGUUUUUUCCUCUAAAUUUGGUGACAUCUGGCAAGUUCUGUCUGUCUGUACAUAUUUUAAUAACCGCUUGGACUCGAAGCGUAGUCACUCCCACCAUGUUUGUUUCUGGCGAACUGGUUUUUAUUUUUCCCUCCUUUUUUUUGUGUUAUUUUUAUUUUUAAAGUUGGUCGGUAAAAUUUUCCAUAAAAGAAAAAAAAAACGAACCAAACAAGCGAUUUUUAGCUGCAGUGUGCUCGAGCUGUCUAUUUGGCUUCUAGCUUGUUCCUGUGUGUUUCUAGACGUUCUGGUUUUUCAUGUUUUUAAGUAGCUGCACAGCGACCAAGCAUCUGUCUCCUAAAGCUGUAUUUAAAACACAUGAAAUACAAUUUGUAUUGUCACAAAGUUACUGCGUGUCUUGUUAUUGAAAAGAAGAUUUAAAAAAAAAAAAAAAAAAAGGGCCGUCGCUGUCCUUUUUUAACUUUUUGGCUUUUACAUUUUGGCUUGUAUUCUUUGCUGUUUGUCUGCUUUAAUAAACAUUUACACGCACACGUGUACAAAACUUCAAAUUGUGUUUGCAAAUUCAUGUUUCGGCAAAUUCUCUCUGCAAAUUGCCUCAAAAAAAAAAA